AUGGAGGAGGAAAAUUUGAAUAUGCAACGAACAUUUCCAAAGAAAACAGUAAUGAACAAUCUUUCGAAACCGAAAAAGGGAAGACGGAAGAGAGUUUAUCAGAAAUAUGCUCAGUCCAUUUUCAAUGAGAGUUAUGGCGAUGAUAGCAAUAGCGAUGAAAUUGAAAUGAAAUUAAAACGACGGCCUAAGAAUAAGAGAACAAUGAAAGAAGAAAAGCAGGCAGUUUCUGUCGAAAAAAAUGCGGCAAAACAGUUCGUGGAAUUAUUACCUACUCAUGAACAUAACUUAAACACUUACGUCACGAUGGAAAAUGGUGAAUCUGUUACGUGGAUUUCUGAUGAUGACCAAACCAGCGAUAAAAGGCGAUUGUUGGAAGGAAAUCGUUUAGGCCGUCAGAAGAAACGGUUAUCAAGCAUAUCGGGUGAGAGGAAAAGUAACAUCAGUCCCAAUAGUGUUCGAAAGUCUGGAAUGGAAGUGAAAGAUGACAAAUUUGCUUCCAUAAAUAACGUAGCACAGGAUCCUGAUAAGCAUUCCUCAGAAGAGAAGAAAGUGGGACUUGUAGGACCUAGGAAGUCAACUCACAACGUAGUGACUUUGCCAGUUCAUGAGGAUGGAGAAGCAAAUUUAGACAGUACAGGAUUUCGUGAAGAAAUAGCAAAGAUUCCAUUAGGCAAAGCAAAACAGGUACAGGAACGACUAGGAAAGAAACUGUUCGACAGGGCAUUCUUCAUUGAAGACUCAUCACCUCCUCCUAACAAGAAAUCGGUUCGAAGGACAUUUGUGCGUGAAAAUCCAAAAAGACCGCGUGAAGUAUCGUCGAAAAUACCGGUAUCUAAAUUUAGAAAUGUGUUCGAGAAUGAGAAAUUAAAACGACCAAUAUCUGAUCCUCGAUUCGAUGACAGAUGUGGAGAGUUUAAUAGUUAUAUAUACCACAAUAAUUAUGAUUUUCUUAAUGAAAUACGUCAUCGAGAGAAAAAGAUAUUAAUGAGAGAAUUGAAAAAUGCGACAGAAGAGGGAAAUGUUAACAGAAACCGAUUGAAAGAGGCACUCAGGAAAAUGGAAAAUCAGGAGAAAACACAAGCGGAGGUUAAUCGUCGUAAAGAAAUAAUCCGUGAAAUACGUCAUGAGAACAAUGAACGCAUGCUUCAAGGUUUACCACCCGUCUUUAAGACAAGAGCACAAAUUCGGGAAAUCAUAUGGCGUAAAAAGUACGAUGAACUGAAAGGAGGAAAAAAAUUAGAAAAAUAUCUUCGUCGCAAGACCAAAAAACAGGAUAAACGGCAUGGUAUCAGUGCAUCAUUGAGUCAUCAAAAUAAAAAUGAAGUAUUGCCAUACUCUAGUGAUUAA